AUGAAUGCUAUAAGUGCUCUUACUAAUUCACAUCAAGAGCUCAAAACCGAAAUGAAGAAAGAGUUUGAAGUAAGAGAUAAAGCUCAUGAAGACUUGGCAAAGAAAGUAGGUCAUCUCGCCGAAGAAUUGGCUCAACUUAGACGAGACCAAGAGGUGUUGGCUAGUGGUACAGUGGUGGAUGGUGAUGUGGUGGAAGAGGUUAUAGAUCUUCCGGAGCAAGAAAAUGAAUGUUUGAACCGAGUGGAAGACAGGACACCGCAAGACGAAUCGAAUCCGAAAGAAACUCACGGCCGUAAGAUUCAGGCAGGGAUUAAGGCUCCAUUAAUUCCUGUGUUUAUCUCACAGCUUCAUGAGGAUGAAGUUGUUAUUCUCUCCAGAUUUGGUGUUGGAGAAAACACUGAUGCUUACAAAGUUAUUAACCAUGGUUACAAGAUUAACUUUUACCGAUGUACGGUUGUUACACGUGCGAAUGAUGUUGCUGGAAUUGUUGUCUCGUGUGGAGAUAUGGAAAUCUUUCCUAAUGAAAGAAAAAAGAUGAAUUUGGAUCUUCAAGAUGUCCAGGGAGAGGUAGUCCGUUGUACUUUGUGGAAUAUGUAUGAACAAGAAUUUAAUGAUUUUUUGUCUCAAAACUCUCCGAAUGAGACUGUGAUGGCUGUCAAUAUACUGUUCAGAGUGAUAAGUUUGGAAGUCGUCUAUUUCUCAACCAAGAAAUUGAUGAGAUUAAUGAACUUCGCAAGAGUGAAACAAUUUGAAGCUGGUGCUUCUUCUUCUCAAACCAUUCUUUCAUCUCAGAGUGUGUUUCCAGUCCGUCAAGAAUUUCUAAUUGAGACUCCUAAGAGACAUGUUGAUGAAAUUAUUGAGAUUGAUAGUGGAAUGUCAUGUGUGGUAGUUGCAACGAUCAAAAUUGUUCAACAAAACUAUGGAUGGUUCAAAGUACAUCUGAGAGUGCAAGAUGAAACUGGCAGCGUUUCUUUUGUGAUGUUUGAUAAAGAUGUAAUGAAGCUUAUUGGUUCAACUGCGAAUGAUAUAAGGGAACGCCAAGUGAAGCUCGUUGAUACUGAAAGUUUUCCCCAUGAAAUAUCACGGUUGGUUGAAAAGAAGUUGGCGUUUAAAAUUGAAGUUUCUUAUUACAACCUUAACCAUGACUACCACGUCUACACUAUCCAAAAAGUAUGUGAUGAUCCGGACAUAAUUGCUGAAUUGGUUGGUGGUAAUGGAAAUGCUCUUGAGGUUGCUGAUGAGGUGUUUAGUCAAGAAGGUUUAGAAAUUAAAGCUGUUCAAUUAUCUGAAUCCUCACAGAUGGUCGGUGCUAAUAUUUCAAAGGAUGUUGUAUCUGUUAUGGCCGACUCUUCCGUUGUCGAAGCUGAGAAGGAUUCGGCCACCAGUCCUAAUGGUAAACAUUCGUUGCAGGAUGUGGAAGGUCAAAAUGUUGGGGAACUCUCUUCUAACAACAAAAGGAGCCGGAGGAAGCCAUCUAGGCUUAACACUUAG